CCUCUCUCCCCCAACCUUCUCCGUUCCACAUCUCAAAAUGGCCACUCGUAGCGCCGCUCUCAAGGUCGACUGGGCCAAGUUGACCAGCUCCCUCGGACUCCGCGGCCAGACCGCUGCUUCCCUCCAGGCCUUCAAGAAGCGUAACGACGAUGCGCGCCGCAAGGUUCAGAUCCUGUCUGAGCAGGCCCAGACUGUCGACUUCGAGCACUACCGCAAGGUCCUGAAGAACCAGGCCAUCGUCAACGAGAUCGAGAACCACUUCAAGACCUUCAAGCCCGCCACCUACGAUGUCAGCCGCCAGCUGAAGGCCAUCGACGCUUUCGAGGCCCAGGCCGUCAAGGGCGCUGAGGAGACCAAGGGCAAGGUUGAGUCCGAGCUCCGCAGUCUCCAGAAGACCCUCGAGAACAUCGAGACCGCUCGUCCCUUUGAGGACCUCACUGUUGACGAGGUUGCCGCCGCUCAGCCCGAGAUCGACGAGAAGACCGCCUCCCUUGUCUCCAAGGGCAGAUGGAUGCCGGCUGGUUACAAGGAGCGCUUCGGCGACAUGUCCGUUGUUUAAACGGUCACAUCUUUUGUACCUAUUUACGUCUCUCCAUCCUUCGACCAGUAUAAUCACACGAAGUUACCCUUUGUUGUCAAGCAUGUUGGCCAGUUAGGAUACCCUUGCUCUCUGGCAGUGUGAUGUCGGUUGUAGGGUCAUGUAUAGAAACAAUGUUGAAUUUAGAUGGUUCCCUCACCACCGGACCGUUUUUGUAUAUCGGCCCUCGACCGCUAUGUUACGCUCCAUAUCAAGCAGUCGACUAUUUCUACCAUUGAAGGUAUUCAGUACGCACACAUUAAUAUUCGGGGCAAAUAAUCGUAGCAGUUCGCAAGGAAAUUGCGAAUAGUGGGCGCCCAGUGCGUGUUAUCGACAUUAGUCCCAUGCCAACACCAAGGGCAGUCAAGAUGAUAAAAUUAGAUGCCUCUUUAU